AUGAUAAUAAUUGUUUCAUCUAUACAAUAUAAUCAACGAUGUACAUUUUCUUCGGGUACUUGUAAUUGGAAUAUAGGUCGACGAUGGCAAAUAAGAAAUCUUGAUGAUGAAACAAAUGAUAAAAUUGCUGUUGAUGGAAGUCAUAUAGAUAAAGAAAUGGGUUUUACAGAUAUCAUUACAUCAUCAUGGUUAUAUUUAACUUCAUCAUGUUCAUUCAAUAUUCGAUUAACAUUUCAAUUUAGUAUUGAAAAUGAACAAGAUCAAAUAGAAGUUUUUCUUAUUAAAAAAAAUGGAAUAGAAAUAUUAUCAUUAGGUCAAUGGAAAGCAUUAAAAUAUGAAAAUAGUAAUACAUCCGAUGAUAUUGAAUCAAUUUGGCAACAAGCAAAUAUUACAUUUAAAGCAACUGAAGAAUUUCGUAUUGAAAUUGAAAUUCGACAUUUACCAGAUAAGAAAAAUAUUUCAAUAACUUGGUUUGCUAUUGAUGAUAUUCUUAUUGAAAGUUGUCCAAAUAUUCGAACAACUACGACAUGUCCAAAUCAACAAACAAUUUUAACAACAUUAUCACGGUCAAUUCCAUCAUAUUUUAAUAUAAGUAAUUCAUCAUUAUUUCGUCGUUCAUUUUUUCGUUUUCGUUGGAAAUUUAAUGAUUCAUCAAGUGUUUCAUCAUCAGAAGAAUCACCAUCACCACCUCGUUUAACACUUCUUACAUUUAUAGUUUAUAUUUUAUGUGCAUUAGUUGGAUUAUCAUUAUUAAUUAUACUACUUGCUAUUAUUAUAUUUACAUAUCGUAAAUAUUGUCUACCAUCAAGAAGAUCAUUAACACCAAUAAUUGAUCAUCGAUAUCGUUCAAGUCGAAAGAAGAAACAUAAUCAUAUGGAUUUACAACAUAAUAGUUAUAUUGAUCAAGAUGCUCGAACAGAAAAAACUAUGAUAACAACUAUUCGGCAAUGUUAUUAA